AUGGGGCGGAAUACUGGGUGUGAUACAUGCCGAAAGCGGAAGAUCAAGUGUGAUCGUUCGGAACCUGCAUGCGUGAACUGUGUCCGCAGUGGCUGGCAAUGUCCCGGCUAUCCACCAAAGUUUGAGUUUCAGGAAGUGAUGAUUAGCAGCUAUGACAGCAAGCCCAGCUCCUCUCGAUCGAACAAGCCCGGAUCCACGGACGAGGUCAAAGACUCUUAG